CAGAUGUCCGUGCGUGUAAAAAGCACGCCCAUCCAAAGGUCUUGCGGUCCCCCGAGGUGGGCGGCGUGCGGCGUGCGGCCGUGCACGAGGCCCGCAGGGGCUUCUGGACUCGUGCCCUGUGGCCUGCGGUGGGCCCCCUCCGUGGCGCCCCUCGCCGUCACGGCCGGGCUCCCCCUUGGUCAGCACGCGCCCCGAGGGAGGCCCCGCGCUGUCGAUCUUUCUGGCUCGCCGUGAACUUAGUUGCCAUGAUACGCCCGUCUCGAAACGCAACACGUAACCGUGUUCAAAGCGUCCGUGUUGACACGUUCCGUGUUGGCUCACCGUGUCGGCCCACGGUUCGGCGAACGUGUCGCGCCAGACCUACGUAUUGUGUCUACGUGUUGAGCUCCGUGUCAACACGUUACGGGUUGCGUGUUGCGUGUCGGGGCAGUUGCGGCCACGAAAAAUCGAGAGUCCCCGAGUGAAACGGGCCCUGAAGUUUUCAGGCUGCUUUUCGGCCGGUCCCAGGGCCCUCCCCCAGCACCGGGGCCGUCGAGGAACGACUCGUUGCAAAAGGUGCUGGCAAACGGCGACAUCCCUUUCCCGCGCGUGCGCGUGGUGGACGACAGGGGCCUCGUGGGGGACUUCCUGCUCGGCGAGGCCCGCGCGCUGGCGGAGCAGCGUGGCGUCGACCUCGUGGUGCUCUCUGGCGCGGUGGAGCCGCCGCUGUGCCGCUUGGUGUCGCUGGAUGCGUUCAUCGACGAGCUCGACCGCAAGGCCACGGCGCUCGACGGCGCCAGGCGCCAGAGGCAGCUCCGCGAGUUCAGCUUUGACCCAGGCCUGAAGGUCAAGGGCCUGCGCUUCUCGGCCGUGAUUGACGAGCACCACCUCGAGCGCAAGGUGAACCAGGCACGGCAGUUCCUGGAGAAGGGCCACCGCGUGGAGGCCCGCGUUCUGCAGGGGCGCUGCCCGCCCGAGGACGUGGUGGACCUCGCGCUGCGCAUUAUCGCCGAGGUCCGCGACCUUGCGAAGCCGGAGUACCUCGAGGAGAGCGUUCGGGAGUACAAGGUGUCGGUGAACUCUCCCAAGAGCCUCGUGCGCAGUGGAAAGGCUCCGCCGCACGAGAUGCGGCUGCGGCUGUGGCCCUGCACGCCCGAACAGGCCGCGGCCUUCCAGCUGCCGGCGCAUAUCGUGGGGCCGCGGCGUCGGCGCGGGCCGAGGAUCGUGGGCAUCGACGAGGAGGACCCCGAGGACGCCUGGAAGUGGAACCGCAAGCCACACCCCGGCCUCAGGGGCUUCGGGAAGCGGGACCUGUGGCGCGAGGUGUUCGACGAGUGAGGAGCGCGAGGUCCGCAAAUCGCGCAGGCACGCGCGCGAAGUCCCCGAGCUCGCGUGACCGGCGCGCAGCUCCGAGCGCGGGAACCCUCCGCGGCGCUCGCCGCGAGGUCGGCGGGCGGGGAGAAUUGGAUUCGUCGAGCUCCUUGGGGUGCGUGCGGCAUGUGGAGAGGGGAUCCUAUAUGUGAGGCCGGCGCCUUUAAGAAGCAGCCUCUUUCUAAGAAGCCGUCUCCCUCCGCCCACCCUUUUUGUGCGCGACGCCAAUCGAGCGCGCGGGCAAGGCGGAGGAGGGCAAGGAACCUACCGAGAAGCAGGGCCUCGGGCACGGCGUGCAGCUCGGGAGGCAGGCCCUACGUACAUGCCAGCGACGACAUGCGUCGUGAUAUGUCAGCUGGUUCAGUCGCUGUUCAGUCGUCCGCUAACGAGAGCGGGUGCAGCUUGCCAUUGCCCAUGGGUCCGGAUCAUUUUGCCAACAGCGUUGAGCAGGCAACUGAGGGCGCGGUGCAGUGGUUUGUUUUACAGUGCCUUCUGCAGCGAGCUGACCAGGUCGGCGGAGACGACCCGGCGCUUGCCAAGGACAAGGCAAGGGCACGAAAGUUGGUCCGACGCAUUUGGACGUUGGAAGCUGAAAGACACGGUGCUUUCGGUAUGACCAGUGACCAGUUUACCCGGAUGCUUCGGGAGAAGGUAUCAUAUGGUACCACUUUAAGCGAGCUGAUGUUCGAUGUGCAUGCCAACGAUGCGAUGUGGGAAUUGAUGUCUUUAAUUCCUCAGGUUGCCGACGACGAUCAGAUGACAGGAAUUGCAGGCUUCGACUACGAAACGGUUGCAAGCGUUUGCCGCCAAAGAGCACCUCUCAACGAUAUUCGACAAUUUGCCAACCAGAGCCUUCUUGAAAUGGCUACAGGUUGCACUGGCGGUUGUACCAAACAUCCAACGAAAGACCACACGUGUGGACCAUCUGAAAAGGCGACGUGCCCAGAGGGCACAUCUUGCAGCUGUAAGAAGGAGUUCAAUAAGUGGGCGCCGGCUGUCUUUCUAGGGUCUUACAUCACCGUUUUCUCGCUUGAGUCAUACUAUUUCAGUCCCAAGGCUCUUGCAGUGGCGCCUGUGGAGCCCUGGGCUAUGGCCAUCACUUCACUCAUAUCGAUGAAGUACACUGGAUGUCUCUGCGUGCCGAAUCUGUGCUUGUAUUCUGCUGACGCAGAUGCUUGCGGAAUCAUGCCCCAUGAUGGCAGAGCACCUUACACGUUGCCAGGCUAUCCAACCUUGCCUUAUCUUGGCACUAAGUGCGCACGAGACCCAAAUCUGCCGAACGAGGGUAAAUGUUAUGUGCAGCGUUGUGGUGCAGACGAUAUCGGCGCUCGGAAGUUGGGCCGUGUUGGCGAUGCCGUUUACAACUGUCACAAAGAAUUGUGGGAUGAUUACAAAUACGUCCCUCAGAAAGAUCGCUUCGCAUUUUACGAUGCAAAGGUGGACAAGAUGGUACUGAGUCUUGCUCCCGACAGGGGUAUGUGGGUGCGUUUUUGGCAGUGGGUGCAAAGCACUUACUCCGGCAAGUAGGGCAAGUUGCAUCAGAUGGCUUGCGUUGUAUUCAACCGGCGUCGGAUGUGAUUAGAAAUUGGAGGAUUAUACGGUGUAGGUGUUAGAGCGGGAACGGCUAGGGCAUGUGACAAGAGGGAGAUUUAUAUUGGAUGUGUGUGGAUAAACAAGACGG